AUGCACCCGCGGAACCGUUACGCGGAGAAUCCGCCUGACUUCCGCGCGCUGGCGGAGCAGCACCCCGCGCUGGCGCCGUUUGUGCUGCCGGCGCGGCGGGCGGGCGGGCCGGUGGGGUUCAUGUGGAGCAACUACAACGCGACGCGCGAGCUGACGCGCGCCCUGCUUCACACGGACUUCGGCGUUGACUGGUGGAUAGAGCACGGGCAUCUGUGCCCCACCGUGCCCAACCGCACUAACUACCUGCUCUGGCUGCACGACCUCAUCGCCUCGCUCCCGCCUUCCCCUCAUGGCCCUCCCCCCGCCUGUGGCGCGCACAGGCGCACUGGGGCAGGUGCAGGGCCGCCAGGGGCAGGCAAGGCGGACGGAGGGGAGGAUGGAGGGGGGGAAAGAACGCAAUGGGGACAGGGGGAAGGAGGGCGGGAAGGAGGAAGAGAGGGAGGGGCGGGAGGAGACGGAAAGGGAGGGGGAGAAGGAGGAGCGGAGGGGGGGCGGGGAGCAGUGCGGGUGGUGGACAUAGGCACGGGGGCGAACCUCAUCUACCCGCUGCUGGGUGCCGCCAUGUUUGGCUGGUCGUUCCUCGCCACUGACGUGACAGAGAGUGCCCUGCAGGGGGCAAGGGCCAACCGCGCGCGCAACCCCUACCUGGCGCCGCUCAUUGACAUACGGCGUGCGGGGGGUGGGGACAGCACGCCCAUGGGUGAUGGGGAACCCCUGCAGAGCCACGGCGCCAGCGGUGGGCGCGGAGGGGAGGGAGGUGGGGGAGACGCGCGAGAGGGAGGGGAGACAGAGGCGGAUGGGUUGGUGACAGGUGAUGGGGCGCAUGCGGAUGGGGGUGAAAAAGGGGUGAACGGGGCGCAUGGGGCGCAUGGGGCGCAUGGGGCGCAUGGGGAAGAUCCAAGUGAGGAAAGCGGGCUGGAGAAGCAGGGGAAUGGGGUGGUGAUGAGCCAUGGGGAAGGGAGUGGGGAAGAGAAGGGAGGAGCGGGAUUGAGAAGAGGCGCUGAGGGGGGAAGUGUGCGAGAGGGAGAGGGGAGGGCGGAGGAAAAUGGAGCGAGUGAGAGUUUGGUGCAAAGGGAGGCAAGGAUAGCUGGUGAGGGAGAGGGGAAUGAAGGGUGUGGGGGCGAGGAGAGGAGUGAAGCAAGGGAACUUAGCACAACAGAAAGGAAUGAUGAGCAGGGGAGUGGGGAAGUGGUGGGUGAUGUGGUGGCAGCAAGAGAAGAGCGAUGCCAACAGCAGAGAGGGGAUGAGAAGGAGGAGCAAGGGAUGAGUGCAGGAGAGCGGGGCACAGCAGAGGAGGCAGGAGCAGGGCACGAGAGCAGAGAGGUUGACGGGGAAGGGGAAGGGGAAGGGGAAGGGGAAGGGGAAGGGGAAGGGAAAGGGGAAGGGGGUGAAGAUGGGGAAGGGGAGGGGGAGGGGGAGGGGGAGGAACAAGAGGGCGGAGAAGGUGGUGGGGGAGGGGAGGAGGCGGCAGGUAGAGAAGCAGCAAUACUGGUGGGAGUGGUUGAGGAGGGCGAGGCAUUUGACGCGUGCAUGUGCAACCCGCCCUUCUUCGAGUCGCUGCAGCAGGCCGGUGCCAACCCGCGCACGGCGUGUGGCGGCACGGCGGCGGAGAUGGUGUGUGCGGGUGGCGAGCUGGCGUUCAUUCGCCGCAUCGUGCACGACAGCUGUGCCCUGCGCACUCGCAUCAGAUGGUAUACGUCCAUGGUGGGGAGGAAGGUCAACCUGAAGCAUCUCCUCGCUCACCUGCGCUCCCUGCAUGUGCCGCGCAUAGCCACAACGGAGUUUGUGCAGGGGCGCACAUCCCGCUGGGGCAUUGCAUGGUCCUUCAUCCCCCUCCACCGCCCCUCCUCCACCUUGGCCCUCCCCCACUCCUGCACUCCCAGUACUUCCCCCACCAUUGGCCCUUCUCUUCCCCCCAUUGGCCCCUCCCCACCCCCCAUCGGCCCCUCUCUCCCAUCAAUUGGCCCCUCCCUUCCCCCACACACCGGUCCCUCUCCCCCCACAAUUGGCCCCUCCCCUCCGCCGAUCGGCCCCUCUCCUCCCCCCAUUGGCCGUUCCCUUCCCCCCAUCGGUCCCCUAUCCUCCACACACCCCUCCUGGCCCUCUCUCCCGUGUGCCCUUCCCACACCCCUGCUGCGCCCAAAGACGUCCUUCACUCUCCAGGUGCGCUCAAGGGCGAGUGGUGAGGGGAAGAGGGCUGGCUGCGGGGGGCUGAAGGGAGCAGGGGCGGUGGGGGUAGUGUGGCAGGAUCUGGUGCGUGUGGCGGGGGAGAGUGGGGUGACAGCCAUUAAGCCCAACCACCACACGCUGUGCCUCCAGGGUACGCUGGCAGCACAGGGAGCAGGAGAUGGAGAUGGGGGCGGGCCAGGAGUGGGACGUGCAGCAGCGGCGGAGCAAGCACAGAGUGCAGCAGCAGAACCAGCAGCACAAGCAGUGCACGUCACCUUCCAGCUCUUACAGCACGCACCUGGUGCUGUCACCGUCACUGCCACAGCAAGUGCAGCAGCGGGCAGAGCAGCAAGCGGCAGCUCAAAGCAAUUGACACCAGGUGACCUACAGCAGUUCUCGGCUGUGGUGCAGCAGUGCCAGCUGCGACUCACCCACUAG